GGACAUAGUGCUAAAGAAAAUCAACAAAGCACCUCGCACAGGAGUACGGCCUCUUUUAUUUAUGUGAAACGUAUGCAGAUUGCUUGAUUGAACAAAAAAAAGAAAGAAGAAGAAACAAAGUGAAACUUAAAACAAGAAAAUUGUAAAAGCCCUCCAUUCAUUAUAAACUUAUUUAUGUAGCUGACAAGAAGGAAAGGGGAAGGGUGAUGAGCUGACACCUGAAAGCUGGAAAAGCACCACAGAGGCUGGAUGACCUCAUGCUAAAUGAGCACAAUAACACCGGAGGUAAUAUAUGAGCCAACAAGGACGAAACAGUGGAAGAAAUAAGAAAAUUAUGCACAUGUAAAGAAAGACGUUACCGACAGUCAAGUAUAUGGAACUCAAAUGGUGGCAAUGGUCUGCUGGAACAAGUGAAAACAUCAUUUGAAUUCAUAACACAUUCAGAAUUCAGUGGCAACUUUUCCGAGGCUGAGUUUUGUAGAGCAGAAGUCUUCAACCGUAGAUCUGCGUGUUUCAGGUGUUUCCCUAACCGCCACUUGAUCUAAACGAGGUGUUCAUUUACGGAUUCCUGCAGAACAUGAUGUGAUCCCGGGGGAGGUAAUAAUGAUCAUUUGAUGAUUUUGGACACAUCCAAAACGUGCUGGCUAGUGUUCCCUUAGGGACAGGGUUAGGGAACACUUCUGUUGGGAAAUGAUGAGCUGUUUGUGUCUCACCUGUUGUAGAUGACCGUCCAAAGUGCCUCGCAUAUUUGAGCUAAUGGCCAGUCGCAGAGGGGCCCAAGUCUGAAGCAGAUCACUGCCAUUUUGUAACAGAUUUUGUCUAAUUAAUGUUGGUCAAUCAUUACCGAUAACCCAUGUGAAACAUUCACUACAGAAUGAGUAUAAAUGGGCAUAGAAAACAUCUCAUAACAGAGCGACGAGUUUUAUUUAAAACCUACUUUCUUUACAGAUGACUUCACAACAUUAAGCUUUUGUACCGCAAUUUGAGAAAAUUCAUUUGCUCUCUAACAGAUGUCUCCUGUUUUUUUAUUUUGUCACCGUUAAGUGUUCCAGAUGAUCAAACACAUUUUAAUUUCAGACAAGAUAAAUCGAGCAAACCGCAGACUGAAAUUAUGGUUUCUUAUACUGAGGGGAAAAAAAAGUUAUCCGAACUAAGCUGCCCAUAUGUUCAAAAGGAAUCGCCUCCCAAUCUUAACGACUAGUUGUGCCACCGUUUCAGUGACGAAGGCUAAAAUGUGUUUGCAGUAACUGGUGAUGAGUUGUUUUUUUUUACAUCGCUGUGAAGGAGGUUUGGCCCACUUGUCUAUGCAAAGCCUGUUUAAGGGAAUGCCACUGCAUCCCAAUUGGAUUUAAGUCCAGAACCUGACUACGCCAAGCCAAAAAUGUUCAUUUAUUUUGUUUUGUUUCGAAGAAUUCAAAGGAGGACUUGCUGGUGUGCUUCAUUGUCCUGCCACAUAACCCAAGUUCACUUGAGACUUUGGUCAAACUGAUGACUGGACAUUUUUCUUCAGGACCAGACAAUAAUUCAAAUAGUUCCUAUAAAAACAACAAGAAGAGGUCACAAAGCAGAUAAACAGUCCCAAACCAUUCCACUAUCAACAGCAUGCGAAGGAAUCACUGUUCUCUGCUGUUACUGCAGUUCACUUGAGCUCCAAAGGAUUGGUUAGAAAUCACCUUUUCUCCAUCAAGUGUAAAAGACCUUCUCAUGCAUUUUUCAAUUUCUUUAGAUUAUGUCAUGAUGUGCUGAUUUUUCUUUGUUGGCCUUUAUGAAGUUAGAUGGCAGUAACCAGGGCUGUUUGUGGCUUGUGAACUUUCACUUAGCUUUGUAAAAGACAUCAUGUUCUUCCCAAUUAAUUCACUAUUAAAACCAAUAAGCAGGUUUUAUAACUUUUUUUUAACUUUGGGUUUGGGUUUGCUUGGAUAGCAAUUUUUUCCCCCCUUAAUAAAUUACGUUGACAUUUUAAGCAACACUUUGUAUUUGCGGGUUAUCUUUGCUUGAUGAUCUAGUGGAAGAAAUGCAAAUAAAGAAGCAAAAUGUAAGAGAGAAAAUACUUUUUACCUGACUGAAGGUGUAUUGGAAAAUAUAUAUAUAUAUUUGCAGUUUAGCCCCAACAGAAAGUUGACUGAGAUGAAUUAGUAAAGCUGCCCAAGGCAACAUAAUAAAGCUAGGGACCCCACAGUCAAUGCCCCUGUUGACAUCAGUUAACUUGUCCGUCAAGAAGCCCUACAGGCCCAGUAAUUCUGCAAUUUUCUGCCUUCUAAUAACGCAAAGUGAACAUUUCCAUAUUUGCAAUUACCUGGACGCAUUUGAUAUUAUCCAAAUUCUUCUUUUGGUAGAUUAAAACGUGGACUAAUUUCCGUCUCACGGAGAUUGAACUGGAAGUGGACUCCGAGCGCCUGGAGCAUCUCUUCUGUCGGGUUUCACCACACGGUGGCCCCCCUGUCUCUCCUUCCCGACGCUCCUCCUCGCCCCCACCGCCACCAUAAAGCUCAGCCUCCCUCCACCAACACCACCACCGCCGCCGCCUCCUCCUCCUCCGCUGCCUCCCUCAGUACUUCCACUCUUCUCAUCCCGUCUCCCCAGCUCGCUCGCUCAGAGCCACAGACGCUCCUUCCAGCUCUGUGCAGCGCGGCGUGCGAACAUGGUCGGCGGCUCCUGUGCUCGCAAGCUGGCCCGUCGGUCUCGGUCCGCCCUGAUCGCAGCCCUCACCGUGCUGCUGGUGCAGACCCUCAUUGUGUGGAACUUCAGCUCCCUCGACUCCGGCGAAGAGCGAGAAAACGCAGGCUCCAGCGUGCGAGAGAAGAGGGACCGGGUGGCGGGCAGCAGAGCCGCCGGCAGCGAGUAUCUCCAGCGCGGGGUCCAGCAGCAGCAGCGGCAGCCCGGGCAGCAGCAGCAUCUUCCUCCGCCGGGGAGGGGGACGUCUCGUCACAUACAGCAGCCGGAYGGGUAUUACUCCCACCGGCCGAAGGAGAAAAGCAGAGUCGACAGCAACAAUGAGAACUCGGUGCCCAAAGACUUUGAGAACAUAGAUAAUAGUAAUUUCGGUGCCCGUUCGCACCGGCAAUCUGUAGGCGCCACCAGCAGCAAGCAGCGGGAGCGUGUGCAAGGGAAGCCCCACACCCAGCAGCAGGCCUGGCACGACAGCUCCCCCAGACUGGGCCGCAGCUCCAAUGAGAUUUUGCCCAUAGGCCACCAGUCGCUAGAACUGGGAAACAAUGCCUCCUAUCCUGGUGGCCAGGGCAUCGUCGGAGGCCUGCAGCAGCAGCACACUCGUGCCUCACUUGACCAGUCCCAGCACAGACAUCAGCAUCCGCACAAGAAGCAGGCGACUACACCGACACUGGAGGUGACGUACGAUCAGCCGCCGCAAUGCGAGAUCAGCGGCAAGGAAGCCAUUUCUGCCCUGUCCAGAGCCAAGAGCAAGGAGUGCCGGCAGCAGAUCGCCGAAGUCUACUGCAGACACAAGGAGGGCCAGCUGAUGCCUGAUGCAGUAACUCGUUAUUGCCCUAUUGAAGGUAAAGCCAACGUGAACAUCCAGUGGGAUGAAGACUCUGUGGAGAGCUUUCCACUGAAACCAGUGAGAAUAGUUUUUGUUCUGGUGAUUCACGGACGAGCCUCUCGCCAGUUCCAGCGUCUCUUCAAAGCCAUCUUCCACACCUCUCACUUCUACUACAUUCACGUCGACCAGCGCUCCAACUACCUGCACAGGCAGGUGCAGGCCCUCGCUUCCCAGUAUCCCAACGUGAGGGUGACGCCCUGGCGCAUGGCCACCAUCUGGGGGGGAGCCAGUUUGCUGACCAUGUAUCUGCGCAGCAUGGCUGACCUGCUGGCCAUGAGGGACUGGAGCUGGGAUUUUUUCAUCAAUCUCAGCGCUGCCGACUACCCUAUCAGGAACAAUAACCAGCUGGUGGCGUUCCUGUCCAAGUACAGAGACCUGAAUUUCAUUAAGUCCCAUGGCCGGGACAAUGCAAGGUUCAUCCGUAAGCAGGGUCUGGAUCGUCUCUUCUACGAGUGCGACACUCACAUGUGGAGGCUGGGCGACCGAAAAAUCCCAGAAGGCAUCUCUGUGGACGGCGGCUCUGACUGGUUCCUCCUCAACCGCGUGUUUGUGGAAUAUGUGAUCAACUCCAAGGACGAUCUGGUCACCAACAUGAAGCGAUUCUACGCGUACACGCUGCUGCCUGCUGAGUCGUUCUUCCACACCGUGCUGGAGAACAGCGCCCACUGCGAGAGCAUGGUGGACAACAACCUGCGCAUCACCAACUGGAACCGUAAACUGGGCUGCAAGUGUCAGUACAAGCACAUUGUGGACUGGUGUGGAUGCUCGCCCAAUGACUUCAAGCCUUCAGACUUUCACCGCUUCCAGCAAACGGUGCGGCCCACCUUCUUCGCCAGGAAGUUUGAGGCCAGCGUGAACCAGGAGAUAGUGAACCAGCUGGAUGCCUACCUGUUUGGACCGCUUCCCCAGGGGACGCUGGGACUGAACUCGUACUGGGAGAAUGUUUACGACGAGCCAGAUGGCGUCGGCAGCCUGUCGGACACGCUGCUCACGUAUUACCACUCCUUCACGCGGAUGGGCCUGGUGAGGGCUGCGGCCUCGCUUCAGGGGAACCCAAACGAUCACAGCUGCAGGUAUUUCCCAAUGGGCCACCCUGUGUCAGUGCAUCUCUACUUCCACCUGGACCAGUUCCAGGGCUACCUGGUCAAGCACCAUGCCACCAACCUGGCAACAAGCAAGCUGGAGAUUAUGGAGACCUGGGUGGCACCAAAAAAGAACUUUGAGCUGACCACGCUUCCAGGCAGCACAUUCAGCCGGCUUCAGUUCGCCGAGAUUGGCACCGAGUGGGACGCUAAAGAGCGCAUGUUCAGGAACAUCGGCGGCCUGAUGGGCCCCAUGGACGAGACGGUGGGCAUGCAGAAGUGGAACAAAGGGCCAAACAUCACAGUCACCGUGGUCUGGAUCGACCCCACCAACGUCAUCGCUGCCACCUACGACAUCCUGAUUGACGCGAGCGCAGAGUUCACCCACUAUCGUCCGCCACUCAACCAGCCGCUGCGACCCGGAGUCUGGAACGUCCGAAUCCUACACAACUGGAGCCCCGUGGCCGAGAUUCGUUUCCUUAUCGUUCCGCUGGCCUAUAACAAGCACCAGCCUAUUAGACAAGAGGACACGCUGAGGCUCCACAACGGGCCAGCGAAGAACAGCUACAUGGAGCAGAGCUUCCACGGCCUGAACCCGGUGCUCAACAUCCCCGUCAGCCUGGCUUACGUGGAGCGAGCCAAGAGGAAUGCGGCCCUCACCGGGCCGGAGCUCGAGGGCUGGGUGGACGGCCUGGUGGGAGAGCUGUGGGAGGCCGCCGACAUCUGCGCCGUUGGCCUCACCGCCUGCCCCGUCAUGCAGCCCUGUGCCAAGAGCCCUUGGAGCUCCAUGAGCCCUGAUCCCAAAUCCCAACUGGGAGCGCCGCACCCCGACGGCCGCAUAAGGUAGCAGCGAGGCCUCCAGCAGGACGGGAGGCCGUGACACUGUUUGUUUUUUUUAUUUAUUCGAGAGGCUUAUUGCAGAAGGGGGCAGGUUGGGGGGAGGGAGGAAGAGGAGAAUCUCUUCCUCUGCACCUCUGAGCAGAAGCAAAUGGAAAAAAAGGUGGAGUCCUCCAGCGUGCUGUGGGUAAGGCUGUCUUAAAAGCGAGGGGGAAGCGUUUCUCUGAACCUCCCACAGAGUUUAUUCCUCGCGGGGAUUUUGCUGGCUUUGCUAUUUCACUUUUCUCAGUGUAUUUAUUUUUUUCUUUUCAUGGCUGAGUUUUACUGUGAUAAAACGUUGCAAUUUUGGAGCUUUUUACUGUGCGGCCCAAUGAAUUGCGACGCCCUGCUUUUUGGGGCUGUGUGGCCAAGCGAGUCUGAACUGUCGACACUGCUGCAACGAAGCCUUAGCGGGAAGAGAUUCACCGGGAGGUAGCCGAGCACUGACACAAACCUGGCUCCCAAAGCCUCAUCACCAGAAACACUACGACAGCAACUGACCGAUAAGCGCCCCUAAACGGAUUAGUAACAGAUUUUAUUUUAAUUUUAUUUAUUAGAUAAACACACCAGCCCUUAUAUGUACAUAUAGGCACCCCUGGUAAGGACACGCAAGAAGCCUUAAAAAAAAACUAGUACAUCUCUUACUGCAGUGAUAUAAUCUCCUGAUGAAAAAUUUUCCAGUUUGAGCUUUGCUUUUCAUGCGACUUUUUUUUGUCACACUUCCAGCUGUUUUAAGCUUUUUUUUUUUAUUAUUUUAUUUAUCUCUCCGACUGUAGAUAUGAGGGUCGUCAUGAUGGUAAAGUUUCAACUCAACAACUUCAAUUUUUGAUUGUUUCUCCAAAAGCAAAGGAUUCCUUAGUAAUACAGAUCAAAAGUAACGAAUUGCUCCUUGGCAAUAUUUUUCAUUGUAUUAGAGCACAAUUGAUAAAUAAUUAGUAAUUCAGAAAGAAACUAUUAUUUAAGUUUCUUUUUGUUUAGCAGAAACUGAACUAGAGCAUCUAAAAAAUGGAAAAAGUGUUUAAGGAAGAAUUCAGACUUCAUCCCUGCAAUCAAUUGGAAGAAAAAAUGUUUUUAACAUUGUAAUCUAUUGUCUCGACGGGUGUUCUGGUUUUUUUUUUUUUUUUGGCUCUUUCACCAUUUCGUACCAAACUCCUUACUUGUGUAAUGUCUGAGUUUUAACUGGGAGCUUUUCUGAUCUGCAAAAUUAGCAGAUUUUUUUAAACUUCCAUCAGCAGCAGCAGCUCGUUGUUUCAACCUGGAUAGUUCAGGUGAGCCUCAGCAGGAAGGGGAGGGACUGAGGAGUGUCUGCAUUUCCACAGCGCUGCUGAUGCUGCUGUGCGAAGUCAUGUGAUAACUUGGGGAUGUGAAAGUUGCUCAGUUGGUAUCUGUUGUGACGCAAAUACCAUCUAAAUUCCCCUUUUUUUAUGUUGAUCAUAUUUAAAUAUUGUUUAUUGAAGACAUGGACAGCCUUGGGCAAGAAACACCAUCUACCUUACUUGGUUUGCAUUUUGAACAGUCAGGCCAGAAAUGAGUCUUUCUAGCAUCCCAUUUACGACGAUACAUUUCCAGACUUUGUGAUCAAUUUUAAAAAGAAGUAAUAACAACUUAUUCAGUUUCACUAAUUUCACAGGGAUUUAAUUUCUAAAUCUGUAUUUCUUUUUUCUUUUUUUUACCAGGGGUGCCGAUUAAUGUGUGAGGCGCUGUAAAAUCACACAUUUCUGCUGUUGAGUGCCUGAUUAGGUUUCAGAGCAGCUGUGGCUGGUUUUGUUUUGUUGGGAUAAAAAUGCCUUUUUUUAAAAAAAUAAUUAGUCAACUGGAAAAAGAAAUAUUAC